UUCUUCCCUCCAACUCCGGUAUUCCCUGUCUAAAGAAUCUGGUUUUUGUGUAUAUGAUGAUUCCACAUUUUGUGCUUGUUUGAAUAAGGGUUCUCAGGAUACUUUCAAGUGAUGAACAUAGUUUUAGAUAAUGGUAUUUUUAUACCUAUGAUUCUGGAUGUACAUUUAGAAGGGAGCAAUGGUAAUCCAAAGAUGCAAUUGUCUGCAUGCAUACUAUUAUUUUGGUAGCAUGUAAUGUGCAGGCAUUGAUUUGUUUGAUUUGACAUGAAACAGGAUGGAUCAUCAAGGACAUGGGCAUGGGCAGAAUCCAUCUCUGGGAGUUGUUGGGAGUGGAACUCAACUCACUUAUGGUUCUAAUCCAUACCAGGGCAGCCACAUAACAGGUUCACCUGGGAUGGUUGUUGCAUCACCUGGGACCAUUCAAUCCACUGUUCAAGCAGCCGCAACUCAACUAGGACAGCAUCAACUUGCUUAUCAGCACAUGCAUCAGCAACAACAACAACAGAUGCAGCAGAGACUCCAAGUCUUUUGGACAAAUCAAUAUCAAGAAAUUGAGAAAGUGACUGAUUUCAAAAACCACAGCCUUCCUUUGGCAAGGAUAAAAAAGAUUAUGAAGGCAGAUGAGGAUGUCAGAAUGAUAUCAGCUGAGGCACCUGUCAUAUUUGCAAGGGCAUGUGAAAUGUUCAUAUUGGAAUUAACCCUGCGUUCUUGGAACCACACUGAAGAGAACAAAAGAAAAACACUUCAAAAGAAUGACAUUGCAGCAGCCAUCACAAGAACUGAUAUCUUUGAUUUCUUGGUUGACAUUGUGCCUAGGGAGGACUAUAAAGAUGAAGUGCUUGCAUCAAUGCCAAGAGGAACUGUACCUGUUACAGCUCCCCCUGAGGCACUUCCUUACUGCUAUAUGCCUCCUCAACAUGCACAAGUAGGAGCUGCUGGUGUCAUGAUGAGUAAUAAGACUGUGAUGGACCCUUAUGCUCAACAGUCUCAUCAAUACAACAUGGCACAACAAAUGUGGCCACAACCACCAGAACAACAACAAUCAUCAUCAGACCAGUAGCUACUAAUUAUAAAAGGCACUUCCUUGUUAAUUAUUUUUCCCAGGAUUUAAAUCUUAAAUUUGGUGUUGGACUGUUCAUUUCAGUACAUUAUAGUAAAAUUUAAGUCUGCAGUUUUUGAGUUGUACUUUCUAUAUUUUUCCUAUUCACUCUCAGAUUCUUAAUGUAUGACAAAUAUACAAACUAAUUAAUUGCCAAUAAUGUUUAUGCUUUAUCAGUUAUAGUUGCCAUUGAUGUUGGUCUCGAAACUGCAUUAUGAUUUGGGUAAUUAUUUCAAUUUGACUUUGCAUUGGUGAAAACAUCUGGCUUUUAGAUGUUAUUAGUAACUGUCCUGUCUUGGGUUGAAGAUGAAGUAGUCGAUGUUGUGAUUGAACUGUUGGAUUAUUAAAGUAGUGAAUGUUUCAAUAAUCAACCAUAGUCAAUUCUAUAAAUAAAUUAUAUAAAUGAACUUCAUAAUUUACCUUCUAAAUUUCAAUUACUUUGAUUACUCUUUUGCUAGAAAAUACACAUAUUGCAGGUUCCUGUUAUUUUCUUCUGAGAAUAAGUAUAUAGUUUGCUGAAGUUCCACAUAAGAUACUUCAUUGUGUAUGUUGUUAAUAAUAAUAAUAAUUUUUCCAUUUCACUUUUCAUCUGUGCUUCCAACGUUGUUUUGUAAAAACAAUAAAGACAUUACAUUUUUUUAAUUAUAAAAUAAAGCAAAUGUUUACUUUUAUAUUUAAAAAUGUAUGGAUACAAUUAAUAAAAAAACAAUCAGUAUGAUAUUAUUUUUACAAAAAGAUAAAUAAAUACAAUAAAAUCAUUUUCUAAAAAUUCAACACUGAACAAAAAAAAAAGAAACAUAAAGAAGUGCAUGUUAAGGUUUUAGUGUGAGCUAGAAUAGCAUUUUAAGUAAUUUAACCCACUUAUCAUGAUUUUUUUUCAGAUAUAAAUAUUUGAAAUGAAAUUAGUUGAUAAAAUAAAAUAAUAAUUCUGUUUGAUCUUGUUUGAUCGAAUUUUACUGGUUCACCAUGUCUAGUAACCAAUUCCAAUUUUAAUUGACUGAAUGUUACCAGUUGUUGUAUUUUCUUACAUAAAAAUAAAUAAAUUUGUUUGAUAGUUACAUAAUGGGAUGUAGAAAGAACAAAAAAUUAACCCCAUAAAACACAAAUUUCAAGUAAAUAGAUUAUUGAUCUUAAUGCUUAAAAUAUCUAACUUAUCUGAUUAUUAUUGUAUUGGUAUAUA